AUGUCAAAGGGACGCGGUGCUGCGACGAUGGGAACCUUUCAACCUGUCCCGCCUGGAGCAAUGACCGGCUCGGGCAUGGGUGGGAAGCCUCCGAAUGAUCCCAACGAUCCACGCAACCCUUGGAAUCCGCCCAACGAGCACUAUGUGCCCACGACCACUCUUCACCAGAAGUUGCUGGAGAAGAUGAAAGAAUUGACCCAGUCGAAGCCUGGCAAGCCAUGUUCGACAACUCGUUGGUCACACACUCCUCAGCAGAGUGAUCCUCCCCUCUCGGCCAAACAAUGGCGUAGAUUGUAUCGAGAGACACCAACCUCGUAUCGUGACCGUCAAGUCCGAUCUCUCCUCAGCCGUCCAAUUGCUCGCGAACUCGAGUAUUGGGGUGAUCGAAACUUCAAAAACAAUCACAAUCAUCUCGGGGGCGCGAUGGGAUACACCACUGGCUACAUCGAGGACAAGCCGUGUGACCAUUGUCGCGAUUCGGCCAACAUGACUUCGCAGAAGGAACCGGUGUUUCCCGAGUGUGUUUCUGCCCUUCGAUAUCCUGAUCGAGAUGAGCCGAAUCCUGAAUUCUUGCUUCGAGGUGGUUGUGCCACUUGUUACUUGAAGGGCACAACAUGCAGUCUUUCAGCUGGUCGUCGAGGGUAUGAUGAGCCGAUCUCGUCACCCAAUCCUAAUGUCCAGCCUGCUUCGGCUCCCACACCACAGCGUCGCUCGCAGAGAAAGCGUGUCAUGUCGCCGGCUGUGUCGCCCGAUGAUGAUGCUCGAGGUGCCAUCCAGAUUCGUCGAACCGUCCAGGGUGAAGACACCUCUGCCUUGUUCACACCUGACCGUCAAGGUCAAACAUCAGGUCCUGGCGUGUUGGCUUUUGCCGGUGAUGUGGAGGGGGAGCGGCUCGAAUUUCGUGCCCCAGCCUUUCGAACCAACGAUGAGCGCACCCAAUUCUAUGCGCGUGUGGUUGCGGAGGCUGCUCGAGCGCUCAAUGAUCCUGACUACACGCCCGGCCAGAUCCAGUACCGUCGAAUCAGUCCACCUCGAUCGCGUUCCGCAGCGGCUCCUCACGCUUCGCGUGUCAGGCACGAAGUUCCACCAUCGACUCCUUCGCGUGCACCCCAAUCUGUCUCCGACCCUCGUGGGGUCUUUCGCCAAGGUGCCGCUCGUCCACAGCAGGCGAUCCGAGCGCAAGAGCUUGCUCUGCAGGCUGGGUAUACCGUCUGGCAUGAUCCUAACUACGAGCCGACUCCUGCGACGCCCACGGCGUAUCCGUACGAUGUGCCACCGCCUCGAAGCCAGUCCGGCCGUGUUCCACCGGCGGCGCAGAUGCCUCGGUCGGUUUCGAAUGUCAGCAUGAAGGGCGUCGAGCACGAGGGUAGUCCCGGGGGCUCGAGCACUGGCCUACCUCCCUCGGUGUCAGGGAAUCGACAUCGGUCUUUGGUUCGUCGUUCCGCGUCUCGAGAGUCCAGCGCAGGGCUUCCACCGCAGCUCGGAGGAUUCGGGCAAACCAGUCGACGUGGUUCGCAGGGUGGACGUGGCGCGUUGCAGUCUAUCGAGGAUGAAUUCGCAGAUGAUGGACUCGACCUCGGCAUAGACGUUGGUGACGAUGUUGCGAGGGAAGAUGAUGAGGACGAGAACUUGCAAUCCUCACAGCACACUCAGCAUUCUUCGAGGUCUCGUCGGUCGGCGCCUUCGCGUAAAUCGGGCGCGUCGAAGCGGUCGAAAGGUGGUCGUUAA